UAAAUGUGGAAUGAAGAGAUCCUCCUUCCUUUGCAUCAUACGCUUUCCCUGUUCUUUCCUCCUUGUCCUUCUCAAACAACCUGCUGUAAGGAAGCUCUGGGGUAGACGAGGACAUACCCGCAUACUGUACCUCUCUGCCCCUCCUCCCUGCCUGCCCCGUUAUGCACAAUACGCCGGUGCGCCGAGAGCUACGGCAGACAGUAGCAGCUGGGAUUUAAGGAAUCAGAUGUGUGUUUGUCCUUUUCAUCUGAGCCACACAGACGCUGGAGUGCUAUCCUCACUUCGAGAAGGCUGUCGUGACUUCUGGGAGCCUGAGGAACCACAGGGGUGAUUUAGAAGUUUAUCCGAGCAGUUGACCCACCCAGUAGCACGCUGUUGCCCUUAGUGCUCUACGGUGUCAAUUCCCCUGCUGUGAGGAUUUCCCACCCAGUGGUGCCCUGCCUCCGUGAAAAGUGCAGGCCUCACCCUCCUGCAUAAUGACUGUGGCCACAGGCGACCCCUCAGAUGAGGCAGCAGCACACCCUGGUCUUCCUCAGGACUAUGACCCCGGAACGGAGCAGGAGUGCUGUGAGCGAGUGGUCAUCAACAUCUCGGGUCUGCGUUUCGAGACACAGCUCAAGACCCUCUCGCAGUUCCCCGAAACAUUACUGGGGGACCCCAAGAAGCGCAUGAGGUACUUUGACCCGCUCAGGAAUGAGUAUUUUUUUGACAGAAACCGCCCCAGCUUUGACGCCAUCCUCUAUUACUAUCAAUCGGGUGGAAGGUUGCGGCGCCCCGUCAAUGUCACUUUGGACAUUUUCUCAGAGGAGAUCCGCUUUUAUGAGCUUGGAGAGGAAGCAAUUGAGAUGUUUCGGGAGGACGAGGGUUUUAUCAAGGAGGAGGAGAGGCCAUUGCCUGACAAUGAGUUUCAGAAGCAGGUCUGGUUGCUGUUCGAGUAUCCAGAAAGUUCUGGGCCAGCUAGGAUUAUAGCGAUCAUAUCUGUCAUGGUCAUCCUCAUCUCCAUCGUCAGCUUCUGCCUGGAAACCUUACCCAUCUUCCGCAGCGAUGAGGAGGAGAUGCACAAAGUCCCAGCUGCUGUCACUAACUCCACAACCAGUUACACAUCUACCUACUUCACAGACCCUUUCUUCAUUCUAGAGACGCUAUGCAUCAUCUGGUUCUCCUUCGAGUUCUUGGUGCGUUUCUUUGCCUGCCCUAGUAAAGCCAGCUUCUUUGUGAACAUAAUGAACAUGAUUGAUGUGGUGGCCAUCAUUCCGUACUUCAUCACGCUGGGAACGGAGUUGGCCGAGACAGCAGAGGAUGGGCAGCAAGGGCAACAAGCCAUGUCUCUCGCAAUUCUGAGGGUCAUCAGACUUGUACGAGUCUUCAGAAUCUUCAAGCUCUCCCGUCACUCAAAGGGACUUCAGAUUCUUGGCCAGACCCUCAAAGCCAGCAUGAGAGAGUUAGGUCUACUCAUCUUCUUCCUCUUCAUCGGAGUCAUCCUCUUUUCCAGCGCAGUCUUCUUUGCAGAAGCUGACGAACCCGAGUCACAGUUUUAUAGCAUCCCGGAUGCGUUCUGGUGGGCUGUGGUUUCAAUGACGACUGUUGGCUAUGGAGAUAUGGUGCCCACAACCAUCGGAGGAAAGAUUGUCGGAUCCCUCUGUGCCAUCGCUGGCGUCUUGACCAUUGCCCUCCCAGUGCCCGUCAUCGUCUCCAACUUCAACUACUUCUACCAUCGAGAAACAGAAGGCGAGGAGCAGGCACAGUAUCUCCAAGUUAACGUCCCUAAAGCCGAUUCACAAGAAGAGCUGAAGGGAAGUCGAAGUGGAUCCACCAUUAGCAAGUCGGACUACAUGGAAAUCCAAGAAGGUGUCAACAACAGCAAUGAGGACUUUCAGGAAGAGAACCUCAAGACAGCCAAUUGCACUUUAGCAAAUACAAAUUAUGUUAAUAUCAAAAAAAUGCUGACAGAUGUCUAGUCAUUUGGGGAGCAGGUACGAAUUGAAUUAUGAAAGGACUAGUAAGCCAUGUUCGAAGGAGGAUUGUGAGGUUGAACUCCGUUAUUGUCAUGAGAUUUCCAAUCUCCAAUUCUUCAUUGAAAGUCUAUCCGUACAUCUAGGUCCAUCCACGAUCCAAGUAUUCAUCAAUGUUUGCAUGGAGUCGUCUAUAUUAUCCAAAACCUUAUCCGGAUCAGGAGCCAAGUAUUUAUACGAAACUGUGGAACACAAAUAAACAGCACAUGAGUGUCGGUAUAUUUCCAUCAACAUCUCAAAGCCAAGCUUCGCCAAAGAAAUGUCAUUUGUGUGCUUCAUCUGCUGUUAAAAAGGUUUGCGGUCACAUGCAGUACAUGUAUAUGAUACAAAGAAUAUUCACAGAAGUUUCAUCCACUCUCCUGCUGCUUGUUAGAACACCAAUAUUCACAUAGAUUCAAGACUGUUGUCUGUUAUUUUUGCAGUGAUUAUUGUAGUGAUCAGGCUGGGAAUGUCAUAGAAAACUGCCUGCUUUUGUGUCAAUAGCCGUGUGUGGAUCCACAAUACGUAUGUAUGGACAACACUUGUAUCUACUCCUUCACGAUUAUCCUGCUGCAAAGCUUUUCAAGACAAGAUGAAUGUCUCUACAUGUCAUAUUUUAUGUUAUUUAUAGUCUACGGUGUCUGGGUUCACUGUCAUUCAGUGGCUUUUCUUUUCUCAUUUCAUGUCAGUUUUUAUUUGCAGGUCUUCAGGAUAAGGAACAUACAAAAACAUAUUUACACAUUAAAUGAAUAAUAAGCAAAAUAACACCCUAGUGCCACAGAAAAAAAAUGCUUGAUGUAUUUUGUGUAAGAGCAUACUGUUCAGUGUAUAUUCUGCUGGAAGCUGCAGAGAUAGUCCAAAAUGUAGUUGAUAUUCAAAUUGCUUUGUCACUUAAUGAGCCAUAUUGUAGUUCACACUUUAAUGUCCCCUAGCAAAUUUGUAGCAAUGAUGUCAGAUUAUUUUUAAUCACUGGCGUGUCUGUCAUCCUGAAAUCAUUUUCAGAUGUUUCAGAAAAACCUUGAUAGAGCUUGUUAGACGUUUUGUCAUUUUUACUGCCUUUGAUCGAGAAAAAACACCGGUAUUAUAGUGUUGCAUGGCCUCAAAACCAAUCCUAAUGGCAUGGAUUUUAAGCUCAAGAGAAAGUGAUAUCCAAAAACUAGUGAGUAUUCCGACAAUAUGUAUCUUGGUCUGUAUAUAUACAUAUAUACAUCUAUUUUUAUCUGCAAAGUUUUAUUGUGAUCCAAAGGUGCUGUUUUCAGUUUUCAGGUUUUGGUUUGUGAGUGAAAGUAUAAAAAGACACUCAGCAUUGCAUUUGGAUGGACAGUGCAGCAUUAGGGCAUUGAUUGCUGGGACUCUGAUUGUCUUAGCUUCAGGUGACCUUGUAAUCUAGAUUUACAGGCUUACAUUGUAUCCUAUGAUGAAGAAACUCUAUAAUGCCAAACAACAAUGAAUCAACAGAAAGAAACUAUGAUUAAGGAUUUCUACAAAUGUUUUGGCUCCAACCACAGUUGUUGCAGCCUUUCCUUCAACUAAUAGCCAUUAUCAAGGCAGCAAAAACACUGUUUUCAUUCUCUUGGCUCUUUAGACACUAAAUCCUGAGACUCUUUAUGGAUGGACUGACGAUUUGACUCUAUUAUUUGAUGUGGCACAUAACUGUGUACCAAUAGAAGGUUUC